AUGGAGCCAAAAUGUCUUCAGUUUCUUGAGAACAAGACAAUGCUCAUCACUGGCGUGUCCGGGUUCCUUGCUAAAGUUUUCUUGGAGCGAGUUCUGAGGUUGCAACCAAACGUGAAGAGGCUUUACCUCCUUGUACGAGCAAUCGACAAGAAAUCCGCUGAAGAACGCUUACGCAGUGAGGUUUUUGAGAAAGAUUUGUUUAGGGUGUUAAGAAAAAAUGUUGGUGAUGAAACCCUAAACGCCUUAAUCUCAGAAAAAGUUGUUCCUGUUCCGGGCGACGUGUCGCUGAACAAUAUGGGAGUGAGUGACUCUAAUCUCUUACAAGUUAUGAUGCAAGAGGUCAACAUUGUUUUGCAUUCUGCUGCCAGCACGAGGUUCGACGAGAGAUACGAUGUUGCACUUCGGAUCAACACAUUUGGAGCACUCAAUGUUCUUAAGUUUGCUGAGAAGUGUGUUAAACCAGAACUGCUUCUCCAUGUCUCAACUGCUUAUGUGUGUGGGGAAAGAUCGGGACUCAUACUUGAGAAUUCUUUUGCUAUGGGAGAAACUCUUAACGGAAAAGCCAAGGUAGACAUCAAUGCAGAAAUGCAAUUGGUAGAACAGAAAUUGAAACAACUCAGAGAACAACGUUGCUCAGAACAAGAAACUAAUGAAGCCAUGAAAGAUCUCGGAUUAGAAAGGGCAAAGCUUUAUGGAUGGCCAAACCCUUAUGUCUUUUCCAAAGCAAUGGGAGAAAUGCUUAUUGGAGAAUAUAGAAAAAGUAUGCCUAUUGUAAUCAUACGUCCCGCAAUAAUCAUAAGCACUAUCUCAGACCCAUUUCCUGGUUGGAUUGAAGGUUUAAAGACCAUAGAUGGUUUGAUUCUAUCAUACGGAAAAGGAAGGAUAAAGUGUUUUUUCACUGAUCAUAAGGCAGUAUUUGAUAUGACACCGGUAGAUAUGGUGGUAAACGCAAUGAUUGCGAUCGCAGCUGAACAUAUCCGCGAUUCAGGAAGUCGUACCGUUUACCAUGUCGGUUCAUCUAAGCGGAACCCGGUGAUGUAUAAACAGAUGUACGAAAUUUUUACUCGUUAUUUCAAGAAAAACCCUCUGCUCGAUCGCAAUGGUGUGCCUAUAGUCCCAAACGUUACAGUAUUAUCCACUAUGGCUAGGUUUCGUCUCUACAUGAGCCUUCGGUUCAAAUCACCUUUACAGCUACUGCGAUUGCUUAGUAUGAUUCUCCCAUCGCAUUUCGGAGAUAAAUAUGAACAUCAGAACCGUCAAUUCAACAUGGCCGUGAGACUGGUGAAACUUUACGAGCCUUAUUUACUCUUCAAGGGCAUAUUCGAUGAUAGAAACCUGGAAAUAUUACGAAACAAGAAUGAAACCAAAGAGAUGGACAAAAUGUUCGGCUACAACCCAAAAUGCAUUGCUUGGGAAGAUUAUUUCAUGAAUACACAUAUCCCGGGCCUCAUUAAACACGUACUCAAGAAGUAAUCUUCAAAUGCAAGUAUUAUAC